AAUUCAGUUUCAAAGUGAGUCUUUGCUGGUAAACAACGAUGAAUUAUUUGGGAGUUUUGAUCGCACUUUCGACAGUUGCUUUGGCAACUUGUCAACUUCCACCACUACUUAAUCCAAGUAUUACAACUGCCAGUGGCUUCCGUGCUCCACCUAUUUUCCAAUCAGGAAGUUUAAUCUUUGAAGACACUUUCCAAGAGUUUGACAUGGAAACCUGGCAACAUGAGAAUACUUUGGCUGGUGGUGGCAACUGGGAGUUCCAAUGGUACGCUAACAACAGAUCCAACUCAUACACUGAAGACGGCACCUUACAUCUUGUACCUACAUUAGUUGCUGAUGAAUUCGGUGAAGGUUUCUUAUCAAGCGGUGUGUUGAAUCUUCAUGGUGGAUCUCCUGCUGAUCAGUGCACAAAUCCGUCAUUCUUUGGAUGUGAACGUGGUGGAAACGCUUUCAACAUUCUCAAUCCAAUCAAAAGUGCAAGAGUCCGAACUGUAAAUUCAUUCGCAUUCAGAUACGGAACAGUUGAAGUGCGUGCAAAAUUACCAGCUGGUGAUUGGUUGUGGCCUGCAAUUUGGUUGAUGCCCAAGAACAAUGUCUAUGGAACUUGGCCAUCAUCUGGAGAAAUUGAUUUGAUGGAAAGCCGUGGAAAUCGCCGUUUGUUCGAAGGUGAUGUCAAUGUUGGAGUUGAACGAAGUGGAAGCACAUUGCAUUUUGGACCAAGAUUCGAUGUUAAUGGAUGGCCAACAGCACAUUUCAAUAGAAACCAACAACCUGGCUACAAUGAAGACUUCCAUGUCUACAGAUUGAUUUGGACUAAUGAAUCAAUUACAUUCCAAAUUGAUAAUGACACUGUUGGUGUUGUUGAAGCUGGUGCUGGUUUCUGGGCUCGUGGAGGUUUCGAAGAGACAGGCAGAGAGAAUCCAUGGCGUCGCAGCAACAGCCUUAUGGCACCAUUCGAUCAAGAAUUUUAUCUCAUUAUCAAUUUAGCUGUUGGCGGUGUUAACUUCUUCCCUGAUAACUUUGUCAAUGAAGGAACACCCAAGCCAUGGACUAACGAUUCACCUCGUGCUCAAGGAGACUUCUGGGAUGGUCGUAAUGGUUGGUUGCCAACAUGGAACAUGGACACUGAUGACUCACAUUUACAAAUCGAUUACGUCCGCGUUUGGGCUCUUUAAUUCAAAGAUAUCUUGUCUAAAACUGUGGUUUUGAAUUUUAUCAAAUAUUCGAAGAAAAUUUUCUUUUUAUCAGUAAAUAAAAUUAAGAGAUAUUUAUUUGAAAGUACUUUAAGUCUUAUAAGAUUUCUGUU